UGUGCAAAAGAAAAGAAAAUGCGACGAAAGAGGAUAAUUCCACAAAAACAAUUUAAUUAAAAGUUAAAUUGAAAAUUUAUGAACUUUUCUCUAUUUUCUUGCAGCUUGGCAUAAUCCAUCGAGACAUCAAGCUCAAAAAUAUACUGAUGGAUAAAGACGGACAUCUCAUAUUAACAGAUUUUGGCGUUAGCAAGGAGUUCCUACCGCACGAGAGAAACGGCAACGCGCGUACCUAUUCGUUUUGCGGAACGAUCGAGUACAUGGCGCCGGAAUUGAUACAAGGGGGCACGACCGGCCACGAUAUUGCUGUCGAUUGGUGGAGCGUGGGCGUGCUAACAUACAAAUUGCUGACUGACUCGUCACCUUUCUCGCUGGAUGGCAAAAACUAUCAGCAAGAAAUUUCGAGGAUUCUGAUGAGCGAUCCACCGUCGAAGCCAAUUUAUCUGAGUGAUACUGUGUGGGAUUUCAUCACGCGUUUACUCAUUAAAAAUCCGCGAAGAAGGCUGGGCGGUGGACCAGCAAUGCCAAGGAGGAUAACAUUAAUGUAA